UCGCCAGCCAGCCGUUGCCCGCGUAGCCCGCGUCGCGCGGCAUCAGUUUUCCCCCCCACGGAAUUUUGUGUCGCGAACACGGAAUAACAAAAAAAAAAAAAAAUAGAACACUUUCUUUGAUUAUGGAUUAUGUGUACUGCUGAGGAGUGUUACAAAAGUGUCUUAUUCUACGUCAGUGCACCCGGUCCGCCUUUAAAACGAUAUUAACACACGAGGACAAUCAUGGAGUCUUCCGUGGCGACGCACUGGCUCUCUGCGUUCGUGAUACUCUGCUCAUUCAUCACGACACAAUCGCUCAACAACAAGAUCCACGAGCACAUGACAAUAGAUGAGCUUCGGAACGUCUUCCAUGUCGAGCACCACAGCAGAGUACCAGAGUACCACCUGGUUCAGCUCACACAUCACUUGGCCAGAAGGAAUAUACCCACUUCUCACCCAGCGAACUCGAACAGCGCCGAUUCAGGAAAGACCCCCCAUUUAAAAACCGAAAAAGUCACUAAAGGUGGGUACAAGGCCCCCUCUUUGCUCAAUGACGAGAUGUUUGUCGAAGCAAAGAAGCGUAUCGAAGAUGUAGAUAUCAUGGGAGAUCCUAAUAGUACAGUUAGUGUGGACUUCAAAGUUCAAUCUAGUGAAUUUGGUGAUAGUGAAUCAUUGAGUGAUAAAGAACAUUCUGCCGAGAGUCAAGAAGAUGGUGUACAUAAGAUCGACUUGGAGGCGUUCGGGAGGCAGCUGAAGCUAGUCCUGAAGAAGCAGGAAGGUUUAAUCAAGAAAGACGGGUUGAAGGUGUGGAAAGCUUUGAAAAAUGAAACCCAGCCUCAUGGUGUAGAUUAUGAAGAAAUGAUUACGGAAGAUGAUGAAGAAUUCGGUGAUCUGUAUCAGGACGAAGAGAACGGAGCCGCCCUGUUGAUACGACGGCAUCCUAAACAUGGAAAACUAGUGGUGGAGGGCUCGAUCGGUCACGAUCUCGUUAUAAGGCCGAUUCCUGACACGAUGACGUCACCCGCGCAAGACGAUGAGAUGUUCAUGGACCCCUCGAGCAUGGCCGACAUGGUCUCCAUAGACACCGGACUGCCUAUUAUGAAAAGAAAAAAAGAAGAACAAGACAGACUACAGGAGGCCCUUAACGGAGCCCAACACGUUAUCAUCAAACGGGAUCCUGCGGAAGUUGACCACAUGAGUGACUAUGCAUUCAUGGAGCCUGACCACAUUGGCAAGAGGUACAGGCGGAAGAGAUCGGCGGAGGCUCAUAAUCGACAGAAACGCGAGGCGCCUUAUGUUAUAUACCCCGAGAUAUUGGUCAUUGUUGAUUAUGACGGGUACAGGUUACACGGCGGCGACAACGUGCAGAUCAAACGUUAUUUCGUAUCGUUUUGGAACGGAGUCGAUUUGAGGUACAAACUGCUGAAGGGGCCAAGGAUAAGGAUAUCUAUAGCUGGUAUCAUAAUUUCAAGGGGUCGGGAUGCCACACCUUACCUCGAGAGGAACAGAGUAGGUCGGGAUGCCAUCGACUCUGCUGCAGCUCUGACCGACAUGGGCAAGUAUCUGUUCAGAGAGAGGCGGCUGCCCGUCUACGAUAUUGCCGUUGCGAUCACCAAACUUGACAUGUGCAGAAGGCAAUACGCGAACGAUGCCUGCAAUAGAGGGACAGCAGGUUUUGCUUACGUGGGAGGAGCUUGCGUUGUGAACAAGAGAUUAGAAAAGGUCAAUUCAGUAGCCAUCAUCGAAGACACUGGUGGUUUUUCUGGUAUCAUCGUGGCUGCUCACGAAGUUGGACAUUUGUUAGGAGCGGUCCAUGACGGCAGUCCUCCGCCUUCGUAUCUCGGUGGUCCAGGCGCCGAGAAGUGCCGGUGGGAAGACGGCUUCAUCAUGUCUGAUUUGAGACACACUGAGAAGGGGUUCAGAUGGUCGCCGUGCAGUGUGCAGAGUUUCCACCACUUUUUAAAUGGGGACACAGCGACUUGCCUAUACAACUCUCCGCAUGAAGAUGACUCUUUGCCGCGAGUGUUGCCUGGUCGUCUCCUUACCCUGGACGCUCAGUGCCGGAAGGACAGAGGCACCAGUGCGUGUUUCAAGGAUGAGCGAGUGUGCGCUCAGCUGUUCUGUUUCGACGCGGGUAGCGGGUACUGCGUGGCGUACCGGCCCGCCGCCGAGGGCUCGCCUUGCGGGGACGGACAGUACUGCAUCAACGGCCAGUGUAUAACUGAACACGAGAAUAUAAUUCCGGAUUAUUCUCAGCACACGCCCAGCUACGUUCGUCCCGAGACGAGUCCAUUCUACGCGAAUAUUACUAGCAGCCGCCAUUAAUGAUAACGCGCGGAUCAUUUACUGAAGACUGCCCAGCUGAGAUGAAGCGACGCCCUUCUUGUCGUGUGACGUGAUCCUCCGUGACGUCACCGGCCGAAGGGAAGCCGUCCGGCUCAAACGUUUACGUAUAGAAUAUACCGUUAAUGCAUCGGAAUACGUUUAUUGAUUAAUAAAUAAACACAAGCAGAUCUUAUUUUUCCUUUGCUUGUUUUUAUUAGUAGUGAAAACGGGUGUAGUGUGAGUGUCUGAAGACAGUGCUUCUAAAGUGUCGGACACUAGGUGAGUGAUAUUGCAAUGUGAUUGAGUUUUAUGAACUAUUGUAGGUUAAUUUAGGGAUUUCUAGCUUAGAGCUUAGAAUGGACGCAUGGGAGGCAAGAACGAAAAAUAUUAAUGGUAUUUCGAAUUUUGUUUGUCGUAUUCACGUCUAGCUUGCUUGAUCGGUAGGGUAUGUGGUAUCUAUCAGCAAAUUUAGAUAGUCAUAUCAAAUAAAAGAUCAGACAAGAAACAUGGUAAAGGCUAAGCAUUGAUAAGAGGUGUUUUGCCUUAAUUUACGCGACAGUUCAUUAAUCAGCCUAGUUUAUCUCUCUCUGGCUUAUCACGAUUUGAUGACGAGUGACAGAGAUAGAACUAGUUGAAUUUAAAUACACGAAGGCGGCAAAUAGUUUUCUUUAGGUCCAUUUUGAGCUCUCUUUAGAAUUACUAGUGCGAUGUCAGUCUGUUGUUUUUUUUUAUUCAUUAUAAAAAUACUCCUAAAUUUAUUUUGUUCUUAUUAAUGACAGAUCGUCUCGGUGCUAAAAAGGGUUUGAUACAAAAAAAAUAAAAAAAAAUACAUAAAAUAAAUGUCUUAUUAAAAGCAUGUUUAGUUCAGUUCAUAUCCAAGAGAUUCUGUAAUCUACAUUAUUCAGUGAAAAAGAAAUCUAAAGACUAAACUGUUUUUUUAGCAUCGGACCUAAAACGUUAUGCGUGCAACAUUAUCUAAUAUAAAAAUUGACCAUUUUAAGCACAAGCUACACAAAAUAAAGGACAUUUCUAUUUUUUCUAUGCACUGCGCGGCAGAAUUGUCAGUAUUUUUUUUUGUUUUCGUGAGCUGUGUAUUAAAUGUGGGUAGUACAUAAAUACUUUACAGGGUCAAUAAUCAAGGGUUGUCAAUGUAAAUAAAAAUGCUCAUUCAGUUUAGCUUAUCCAAGAAUCCAAGGUUUAAUUUGAAUAAUUAUUAGUUGAUGUUGCACGUUACCUAUGAAAUAUUACAAUAUUUUGAAUACGAAACUGCCAGGAAGUGCCUUUUAUUCAGUAACUUAGAAUAUAAAAUAGUUUUACUUUUAAAAGUUUGUAGUUUUCAAACUCCCGAGCGACUGGUUCGCGGUUUUCUGAACAAACUUAGAUUUUAUUAGGUACAUAUAAAAUUUUUACAAACGAAUAAAAGAUAUAUUUUUAAAAAUAAAAUUAAGCCUGUUUUUUUUUUAUGUCUUAACACUAUUUAUGUGACAUUUUAGAUCUGUAAAGUUACCAAUGUAUAAAAUACUUAAUUUAAUAUAAAUAUUUACGAUAUUAUUUUUCGAGAAAAAAGAAAAUGUUACAAAGUUAAAAUACGAACACACUUGCCGUUGGAAUGCUAAGUAUUUAUGAUAACUAUUUAUAUAUUAUUAUACCUUGACUCCAUCCAAUUAUUGUCUAAAUUUUAAGAAAUGUAAAAAUUUAAAUAUCCAAAAUUAUCAAUUUUACAUUAUUACGA